AUGCACGAGGAGAACAACCUCCCCACUCCCAACACGUUUGCCGCCAACGGCUUCCCCUCCACCAACCAGUCCAACUCUGCUGCAGCGCCAGGCUUCGCGCUCGAUCCGCUCCAAAUGAUGAAACGCGCCCCCUCCCAAUCCUACGACGCACACGCUGCUGGUCUCGGCCAUCUCGCUUCCCUUCCCAACACUCAGAUGCCCGACGCCGGCGCCAAAAAGGCUCGCUUCGUCUCGGAGGGCAACAUCCCCAGCCUCGCUCAGCAAAAUUUUGCGCCCGGCGGCUUUCCGAACGCUGCCGGUGCGUCCGGACCGUUCCUCGGUAAUGGUACCGCACCGCAGUCGCAAGCACAGCCUUUCGCAGGCGUAUCUGGCCUUCAGCCUCCCGGCAAUGGCACCAACGGGACGCGAUCCUUCUCCGGCAACCUCGGCCACGCAGGCCUGCUAGGCGCACAAAACGGCGCCGCCUUCGACGCUGCCGGCUCGGCGCCUUUCUUGAUGUCCAACGGUGCCGCUCUGAACCCGGCGACCAUGUUCCCCAACUUUGCCGCCAACUUUGGCAACACUCCCGGCUUCGUUCCCAACGUCGGCGUUCUUCCCGCCAUGCCUCGGCAGGUCAACCCUCUGAAUCGAACCGUCUACGUCGGAAACCUGCCAGCCGACGCUUCUGUGGACGAACUGCUCAAUCUCGUCAAGUUCGGUCCCAUCGAGAACGUACGCAUCCUCCCCGAAAAGAACUGCGCCUUCAUCUCGUUCCUCGAUGGUUCGACGGCGACAGCGUUCCACGCCGAUGCAUGCGUCAAGAAGGUCUCGCUUCACAAUCAGGAGCUCAAGAUCGGCUGGGGCAAGCCGUCGCAGUGCCAUCCCGCCGUGCUGAUGGCCGUUCAGCAGAACCAGGCUUCGCGAAACGUCUACGUCGGUCAGCUCGACGAGAGCGCUUCGGAACAAUCGCUCCGCGACGAUCUCUCGCGCUUUGGACCCAUCGACCAGGUCAAGAUCGUGCGCGACAAGAACAUCGGCUUCAUCCACUUUCUUUCGAUUCAGACCGCCAUCAAGGUGGUCGCGACCCUGCCCACCGAGCCAGCGUGGACGGGCAAGAGGGUGAGCUACGGUAAGGACCGCUGUGCCUACGUGCCCAAGAGCCAGCAGCAGAACCAGGCGCAUAACAACCAGGCAGCCGCUUUGGGCUUGGCUGCGGCAGCUUCGCUCGGAUACCCGACCGCCUUCGCUGGAGCCGGCGCCACUGCAGCGGACAAUGGACGAUCUCCAGCCAAUUCUGUGUUCGGACCUGCAGCCGCCAUGAUGGGCGCCAACGUCACGGCGCUCGAGCAGCUCGGCAACCGCACGAUCUACCUGGGCAACAUCCACCCCGAGACGACCACCGCCGAGAUCUGCAACCACAUCCGCGGCGGGGUGUUGCAGAACAUCCGGUUCAUCCCGGAGAAGCACAUUGCCUUCGUCACGUUUGUGGAUCCGAACGCUGCGCUGGCAUUCUUCCACUUGGCGUCGUACUCGGGCAUCAUGAUCCACAACCGGAGGCUCAAGAUCGGAUGGGGCAAGCAUUCGGGACCGUUGAGUCCAGCGAUCCAGUUUGCGGUGCAGGCAGGCGGUUCGCGCAACGUGUACGUCGGCAACAUCGACGACCCGGACUUUUUGACGGAAGAAAAGAUCCGCAACGACUUUUCGCAGUACGGUGAGAUCGAGACGGUCAACAGCCUGCGCGAGAAGAACUGCGCCUUCGCCAACUUCACCAACAUCCAGUCUGCGAUCAAGUGCAUAGAGGGGAUGAAGAGUCAUCCGGACUACCAGAACGUCAAGAUCUCGUACGGCAAGGAUCGAUGCGGCAAUCCACCGCGAAGCUUGGGCAACGUUGCGCAGAAUCAGGGCGAGGGAGGGAGGAAGGUGAGCGGAUCCAUGUCGCCCAAUGCGUCUGCGCUGCAGAACCAGGGAGACGAUACGAUGGUGACGGCGAGCGAGUCGGUGCAGGAUUUGAGUUCGAUCGGUGCGGAUGCGAGCGCAUCAGCGCCGGUAGCCGCGUCAGCGACCACACCGGCGGUCAAGGAAGACAGCGCAGCGGAGUAG